AGAAAGAGAUGCCAGAAAUUCUUGAUUUUAUCGCAAUCAGAUUUAUUAUUUACUUCAAUUAUAUUCAGUACUUCACAACUUGAGGCCUUAAGAAGCCAUUUUAUUAUUCAUACCCAAAUUGAUAUUGGUCACCAAGUUAAAAUUACAUCACAACUUCAUUGGUUGGUCGCCAAAUGCCAAUGACGAACAUUGAUCGCAAAUUUUGUGGAACAAGGCCAGCACACGUGUACUCAUACACAAACAUUGGACGAGCGACGUAAUCUGAUUGGCUGUCAAGCCGCCCCAAGUGUUCUUGUUUUGGAGACUGAUUAGGACUAAUUUUGUGAAAUACUUUGAAAAUGUCGUGGAAUAGCGAUACAGUGUUGGAGUUCUUAGAACUUUACAGAAGAGAACAACAUCUGUGGGAUCCAAAACAUCCACUGCAUAGAAAUAGAAGCGAAGUUUCGGAUUCCUGGCUCAGAAUACAGUCAUCGCUAAGUAUACAUUAUUCAAUUACGGAUCUAAAGAAGAAGAAGGAAUCAUUAAUGACGUCCUUCAGGAUGCACCUCGGGAAAAAGAAAGUUCAGCCGGGAUAUCGUACUACUUGGUUUGCCUAUUCACUAAUGGAGAGCUUUCUUGGCGGUAAAUACGAAUGCGAUAGCACAAAUCAAUUGGAAAAUGAGUACUUCACGAAUACGGGCAAUUACACUACUCAACCGGGAAUACCUGAUCAUACCAAUAAUAUUAAUAGGAACGUUGGUAUUUCUGACAAGCAUACUGCGAUGGUCAGGCAAAACAAGUCUGCAUCACCGUGUCAGAAGAACAAAAAUAAUUCUGAUUUAAAUUACGCUAAGAAACGAAUGGAUGAAGCUGUAACAUAUCUUAAAAAUGCAGGAGGCGCUCAGAAUGAAAAAGAUGAAUACGAGUUAUACGGACAGUUGUUAGCGAAAAAAUUAAGAAAGCUUGACGAACACCAACGUGAUUUGGCCAUGCAUGAAAUAGAUAACGUGAUGUUUCGCGCCAAAAUGCAAAGCACUACGCCGCAACAAAGAAGUUACUCCACUUCGCCGUCGCCUGUUCCUCGGAAGUUAAAAUCUCCUAUAUUUAUAGUUACACAACAAAAUCCCACGAACAUACAGUACGAAGAUGAAAAUAUACCUUAUCAGGAACAGCCACCGUCUUAGAACCUACUUGAUGAGUGUUGGACACUUUGGAUGGAAGCUUGAAAGCGUCACGGCUAAGAACCGAGCCCUGAAAUUUGAUUUGUUGGGCCGUGAAAGUAGCAAAAUUAGCUAUAAUGAAAAUGUGCUUUAUACGAACUUGCUUGUUUCAAAUUCAAUUCAUUGAUCAGGGAUUGAUACUAUUGGCAUAAGGUCAGGAGCAAAACUGACUGUGAUUCUUGAACAGAGACCGCGUGAAGACAAACGUAUCGAAGGGCAUUCUUUAGGCAUGAUUUGGAGGACAGGACCUAAAUUAGAGAUGAGUGGCACAAUAUGGCCUCGAGACCAGUGAUCUGAGAAUUGCUGGUUAUAAAAAGUGCAAUGCAAAGCUAAUAUGUUCAUACUAUCAAAAUUGUUAACGUAGGUUACUUAAGCGCACGAUUCCUCUUUUGAGGAUUAUUAUUUUCAAACCAUACCUAAUGCGUGUUUAUGUGAUAAUAUAUUUGUUUCUUUUAGGUAAAGCAUACUGUUGAAUAUUAAAAUAAUAAAAGAUAAGUACUAAGUAUA